GCAGUAGAUGGAUGACAUGGGCAAAAUUGUAAUAAUUAAAAAUAAGCAGAUGAUGCUUCGAUCCUCAUUAAAAUGAAUAUUUACACUAUUUUGAAGGUUUCAUGAAUAAUGCAAGGAAUGAAUUAUGCAUGUAUGAAAUAAGAAGGAACAAAACAAAAUGUUAUCUAAUAUUUUCAUUCAUUUUGCUUUCUCCAAGUAAUCUCGUUCAAUAGUAUUUCUUAUCUCGAUAAGAUUAAAUUCCAAAGUCGAACAUAAAAGUACAGAGAUAUUGAAUUGUAUGUAUGCGUGAGGAGUUUUUUGUAUACCGAUGGAUGCUGAGAACAAUCGAGAAUAUUUGGAGUUUUAGUAGUAGUGUUGAUAAUCUAUAGAUAAUCUAUAGCGAUUCUCGUGGAAGUUCGGAAAUUCGAGACAUUCUGCUACAGCAGGCUUAUCAUCAUCAAUUCCGAGCCCAGCUUACUUACUCAUUUUGAUGAAUUCCAACACCUUUUUCAACUGAAGAUAAAAAACUUGUUGUCGUGUGAGGAGGAAAUGAAGAGAAUUAAGCUGUGCCCGUCAUCAUCCCCGAUUCAUGGGAAUUAUUCAUCCUCUCCCCAACUUCCUGUGGGGAUAAUAGCGAACCGGCGACCCUCCGGCCCUUUCGAGAUUCGAGUUCCGUGGAUGAUGGGGAACCAACCCCUCAUCAACCACCAUAAUUUUCGACAACCCAUCGUGAUAGGGAACAUUCCGAGAGGAGGGUCAAGCGUUUUGUGGUGCUGUCUUCCACCACCACGACAAUUAAGAGCUCCCAAAAAACGUCUCUUUCCGUCUGAAAGAAGGCUGGCAAUUAAACGAUCUUAUGCCAAAACUAUGGCGGCUGGGGUUCGGUUGAAACGUCUCCAACGAAAACGCACCUGGCUCUCGCAUGAGAAACGGAAGGAGAGAAGGACAGAAAGGGCGUUGCGAUUCGUGAGGAGGAAGGAUCGACAAGAGUUUUACAUGGCGCGUCGUCGUCCCCACUCGUAUCGUCGCCAAGUGUGGGGGUGGCAGAGAGGGCAGCUCCAGUCUUCACAUCGCCCACCGAGUCGUUGUCCCCUCUGGAACUGCCAGCGGCCAAGGAGGCUUCGACGGGACAGAUUGAUUAGUGUAUUUUCUCCACCGAGGCGAGAACGUCCAGUGUCAAGGGCUUCGCGGUUAUCCGACAUGAGUCGAAGGAGUCGGACCCCCAUCAUAACCCUGUGCUCAUCACCAGACCGAAAUUAUUUUGGAUUUUGAAUUGAUAAUCAUUGUUAGGAAUUGUGGUUUUGUUAAAAUUUGAAUUUGAAAAAAAAGGUUUUGGGUUGUUUACAUUAUGCAGACUUAUGUAGAUGGUUUAUAAGUUAUAAUAUUGAUUAGUUACAUAAAGUUCAUCAGGUCCUUAAUGUGAUUUCAAAAGGGGGUUGAAAAUAAAUAAUCGGAUUUUGAAAAGAACGAA